AUGUUUGACAUGCUUGAAGACAAAUACAUUGGCCUAGCGCUAGCUAUCGCCUCCACGCUCGCCAUCGGCACAAGCUUCGUGAUAACGAAAAAGGGUCUGAAUGAUGCGGCAGAUAAACAUGGUUUCGAAGGAGAUGGAUUCGCCUAUCUGAAAACACCGCUAUGGUGGGCAGGUAUCUUGUCGAUGGUGGUGGGCGAGAUAGCCAACUUCGCCGCCUACGCUUUCGCUCCUGCUAUUCUGGUCACGCCGCUCGGUGCUCUCAGUGUGCUCAUUGGUGCCGUCUUGGGCGCAUACUUUCUGGAUGAAGAGCUGGGGAUCUUGGGGAAACUGGGUUGCGCCAUUUGUCUGCUGGGGUCGAUCAUCAUUAUUCUACAUGCACCGCCUGAUGAGGAUAUUGAGACGGUGGAUAAGAUUCUCGAGCUUGCGAUGAAGCCAGCGUUUAUAAUAUAUUGCUUGGCUGCCAUCGUCUUCUGCACCGUUAUGAUCUACAAAGUGGCGCCCACGUACGGUCGGAGAAACCCAUUGAUCUUCGUUUCGAUAUGCUCGGUAGCUGGAUCGGUGUCGGUCAUGUCGGUCAAAGCCUUUGGAAUUGCUGUCAAGCUCACAUUUGCUGGAAACAAUCAGUUUACACUUGCGUCGACGUAUGUGUUUAUUGUGGUGACGGUGGUGUGUAUUUUGACCCAGAUGAAUUAUCUCAACAAGGCUCUGGCGCAGUUUUCCACCUCGAUAGUCAAUCUGCUAUACUAUGUCACUUUUACAACCGCCACGCUAUGUGCGUCGUUUAUCCUCUUCCAGGGGUUCAACACUACCGAUGCCGUCAACACGAUUUCGCUACUUUCCGGGUUCCUCAUCAUCUUUGCAGGCGCAUAUCUGCUCAACUUGUCUCGAGGCGAUCCGGAUGGACAUCGAAUACUUGGGAACAAGAUCCAUGAGGACGGAAUCCCCACGGACCCAUUGGCCACAUUUUCUACGAGGAGGAGCAUGCAAGCAAGGAGGAGCUUCGACCCUCAUCGGAGGAGUAGCAGCUUGACAUUCAGCCCCGGUGGACUUCGACAUGUGAGCGGGGAAAAUGCAGGGCUGAUGCACAACUACGACGUGGAACAGAACGCAUUUGGAUUGACGGAUUUGGUGGAAGAUCCGGACGAGAUGCAGGGUGGUGGAAGUGGCAGUCGAAGCCCGGCUGGACAAGCAGUGACGAGAAUGUCACAUGCUCCCCAUUCCAAGAGUAUGGAUCGAUAA